CGUACAAACACACACUGAGUCAGACUCACUCACACGAACCAUUUUCUUUCACUUUACUAUUGCAGUAUUAAUUUAUUGAAUUUUGGAUGAUUCAAAUUCAAAUGUGCCCCAAUUUCAUACAAUUCUGUUACAGUUAUUUUACUAAGUGAACAAGAAUUCCAAUUCCAAUUCUAAUUUCAAUCACAAAAUUGACAUGUCUUCUUCCGCCACCUCACGGAUACAGUUAACAACCAUAUCAAGGCUGAGAUCCUCUUUCCUCAAAAAGCUUCCGGAGCCUCUCCGUCGCGCCGUCGCUGACUGCCUCUCCUCCUCCCUCUCUCCCGCCGUCGAACCUUCCAGAAUCCUUCGGGACUAUCUGGCAGCCCCUGCAACCACGGACCUGGCUUAUAGUGCAAUUUUGGAAUAUACCAUGGCUGAAAGGGUGCGAAGUCCUGCAGUUGUCACAAGGUGUGUAGCAAUUUUGAAACGGUAUCUUCUAAGAUACAAACCAAGUGAGGAGACUUUACUGCAGAUAGACCGUUUUUGUUUAACCAUUAUUGCUGAAUGUGAUAAUAACCUGAAUCAACCAUGGUCAAGUUCUUUGAACCAACAAUCUUGUGCAUCAACAACACUGAAAAAUACAUCUCCUUUGUCCAUAUCUAAAUUUGCUUCUGAGGCUAUUGUGAAGUCACUGAGUUAUGUGCGUUCCCUAGUGGCACAACACAUUCCAAAGCGACUUUUUCAGCCAUCUACAUCUUCAAGACCAUCUUCCGCAUCAGGACAAUCACUUCCGACGUUGUCAUCAUUGUUAGAUAAAUCCUUCAGUUCCCAAUUAUGUCCAGCAAGCAUCCAAGAAAUGGUGGAGAAGGAUUCAAUCACUUCAACUAUUUCAAAGUUAUCUAAAGUUGAAAAUUUUGACGAAAAAGACAAACUUGUGUUCAUUGCCCAUGAUGUUCUACAAUGGCGUUGGCUUGAGGAGCAGCAGUCAUCAUCAAUGCUAGCUGAAAAUGACAAUGCUGUGAGUUUACAAGACAAGAGAGCACAUAAUUUCUUAGAAGUAGGUGCUGCGGCUCUACUUGUAGGAGGCAUUGAAUCUAAGAUGAAGGGGCAACCACAGAAAUAUUUUGGAACUGAUGAUAUGCCUUACCUAAAUCAACUAUUACAGUCUUCUCCGGUAACAUCAAUUACUAACUCUUCAUCUGCUCGUCCUCACUUGAGAGCAAUAGCCGCAUAUAAACACAUCAAAACAGGGCCUCAUCAAGUUUGGGAGGACUUUCCUGUGAGUACAUUCCGUCCUCGGGCUCGACAGCUCUUCCAAUAUCGUUGUUACAGUGAGCAACAGCCUUUGCGAUUGAACCCUGCUGAGUUAUGUGAAGUUAUUGCUGCAGUUUGCUCAGAGAUUUCUACACCAAAUACCAAUUUCUCAACAAUGUCAACUAGGCUAACCAAUAACAGUGGAAAACCAUCAAUGGAUGUUGCUGUGAGCGUUCUUAUAAAACUAAUUAUUGACAUGUAUGUUCUGGAUUCUCAGAUAGCUACUCCGCUCACUCUUUCUUUGCUUGAGGAGAUGCUUAGUUCUUCCAAAACCGCAUGCAGGGCUCGAGCAUUUGAUUUAAUUUUAAAUCUUGGGGUUCAUGCUCAUCUCCUAGAACCACUGAUAGCUGAUGACACAUCCACAAUUGAAGAAGAAUAUUCUCAGGAAUCCUUAUUUGACAUUCAACUUAUGGCCCAAGGGAGUAAAAAAGGAAACUUUUCUAGCAAAUUGGACAAUUUCUCUGCAAUAGAUAAUUUAGAAUCUUGGAUUUUAAAUAUUUUGUAUGAGAUAUUACUUCUUCUCGUGCAGAUUGAAGAAAAGGAGGAAUCUAUCUGGGCAUCCGCACUUAGUUGUUUGCUUUAUUUUGUCUGUGAUAGAGGAAAGAUCCAGAGAAAACGAUUGAAAGUUCUUGACAUCAGGGUUAUCAAAGCACUAAUACAAACCAGCAGGAAGAAUUCUUGGGCAGAAUUAGUUCAUUGCAAGCUUAUUUCCAUUUUAGCGAACAUGUUUUAUGAAGUUUCUGAUGAAGCCAUUGAGCCUGUACCCAGCACACCAAAGUUUCUGGUGAAUCAACUCGAUAUGAUUGGUGGAGUUCAAUUUCUUUUUCGUGAGUAUGCCCUUGUGAACUCCAAAGAAGAGAGGAAAAAUUUGUACUCGAUACUUUUUGGCUAUGUCUUGCACCAAAUUAAUGAAAGGUGUGUAGCUACAAGGGUCAAUGAAUAUGGUGAUGAUGAGAUCCGACCACUUGCUACCCUGCUUGCUCAAACAAAUGCAGCUGAUGCAUUUUAUAUUUCUGUUAAACUUGGGGUAGAAGGGAUUGGGGGUCUUUUGAGAAGAUCCAUUGCAUCUCCACUGUCCAGAUAUCCCAACAGCGAACGUUUAAAUACGCUUUUGGAAAAUGUAAUGGAGAAAUUUGAUGAAAUGAUAAGUUCAUUCACUCAUUUGGAGGGCGAGUUCUCUGGUAUGAUACAGAUAACCAAAACUCACAGGUCUCCUGAAAAUAUGGAAGGCCCUGCUCUAAGAAAUGACAUUGGUCUGCAGGCAAAGCACUCAUGGAGUACUUUACAUUCUCUUCUUCAUUCUGAAAGACUUUCUUACCGGCAAAAUGGGUGUAUCUGGUUAGGUGAUCUGCUUAUUGAUGAAAUCAGUGGGGAAAGAGAUGGAACUAUAUGGUCAAAUAUAAAAUCCUUCCAGGAGAAUAUUCAUCAAGCUGGAAAACAUGAUUUUUCAACUGUAUCAGAUGCUCCUUUGCCUAUUUCACUUAUGUGUGGGCUCUUAAAGUCAAAACAUAACUAUAUUAGAUGGGGAUUUUUGUUUGUUCUUGAAAGGCUUCUUAUGAGGUGCAAAUUUUUGUUAGACGAGUAUGAAAUGCAACAAUCAAGGAGCAGUGAUCUUGGGCAUAGGAAGAAAGAUUGGCAUCUUGAUAAAGCCCAUGCGGUGAUUGACAUAAUGAGCAGUGCUUUGUUGUUUCAGAUUAAUGAAAAAGACUGCACGAAUAAGUAUGAAACAGACUGCACCAACAUUCUGAAAAUGUGCGAUAUAUUAUUCUCCCAAUUAUGCCUAAAAGUACCCCCUGCUAUGGCUCUGUCCUAUGGAGAUGACAUGCAACAUGGCAAUAAUUUAAAUUGCUUCAGUUUAAACAAAAAGUGCGAUGGUGAUAAUAGUGUCCAUAAAGAAAAUACUUUACACAAAGAUAAACCUAAUGAGGAAGAAGCUGGUAAAAGAUCCAGCUACCCUAAUAACUACCAUAUGGAUCAUGAGACUGCAGCAAUGGCAGCACUUCUUCUACAAGGACAGGCCAUUGUCCCAAUGCAAUUAAUUGCACGAGUUCCUGCUGCUUUGCUAUAUUGGCCGCUAAUACAAUUGGAUGGAGCGGCUACAGAUGAUAUUGCAUUGGGUAUUGCUGUUGGAAGCAAAGGAAGAGGAAACCUGCCUGGUGCCACAUCUGAUAUCCGGGCCACCCUUCUUCUGCUUCUUGUCGGUAAAUGCACAUCAGAUCCUGCUGCUUUCAAGGAAGUGGGUGGAGAACGAUUUUUUAGGCAUCUUUUGGAAGACAUGGAUUCCAGGGUGGCAUAUUAUUCGUCUGCUUUUCUUCUGAAGCGAAUGAUGACCGAGAAACCUGAUGAAUAUCAAUACAUGCUUCAGAAUCUUGUUGUCAAAGCUCAGCAGAGCAACAAUGAAAAACUGUUGGAGAAUCCUUACCUUCAAUUGCGUGGCAUCCUUCAACUAGCAAAUGAUCUUGGAUAUGAUUUGUAAUGUUCAAGCCUUGGUUUUCUGGGGUGUGAAUGUGAUGUUGGUUUGUAUUAUAGUUGUGUUGGUCUAAGGAAUCAUCGCUGCUGAUUCUGAGGAUCGUUCAACACUCAUCGCUUAUCAAUCAAAUGAUACACAGGUUGAAACACUUCGGCAGACAUGAUUUGCAUCCUUCUUUCCAGACACAAACUCAUGUUUCAUUUUCUGUAUCUUGGAAGACAGUAUACUGGAGGUCAGAGAGUCCAGUGGGGUUGAGUGAGCUCUCACGUUAAUUUUCCUGAGAAAUAAUUGACAUAACACAAUAUAUGCCCCCUCUCAGUGCCUGUGGGUCUUAUUACUGAUAGCACUCCAUGCACCAUGUUGAUUUUUGUACGUUCUCAUCUUCAGCAUGUCUUUCAACCACUGAGAAACAGUUAACUUAGGAAAGUUUAUUACAAAAUGUAUAUAUCAUUGCCAUUUUUUAGCUUGGCAUGAGGGACUUGUCAUUAAAAAAAUAUAUACAUUGUUAAUAGUAUCCCUGUUUGCGGUGCCUACUUUUAGAGGCAUCCAAAUAGCUCUCCGUUUCUGAAAUUAUAAUUUAUAAUAAUAUAUGCACGUUAAUAUUUU